GAGAACACACUCCAUUUCCCCAUUAUUCAUCAACAAUGGAUUCGAUGCUUCCAAUUGCGAUUGUAUCUGCAAUUAUCGGAAUUGUGAUUGCUUUUCUACUUUUCAGUAACUAUUUCCAGAAAAGGAAAUCUGAGGUUGAAUCUAUUAUCCCCAAUCCGGAACCCACAAUUCAAAAAACUUCAAAGCAGUCUCACAAAAACACAUUGAAGAAAUCUCAACCUAAAUCUCAUUCUCACACCUCCGAUCAUAAGGAUGCAAACAAAAGGCAUCACCCACUGGACUUGAAUACUCUAAAAGGUCAUGGGGAUAUUGUCACAGGGCUUUGCUUCUUACCCAAUGCACAGUCUUUGGCAACUGCUUGUGCUGACGGGGUUGUUAGGGUCUUCAAGUUGGAUGAUGCUUCGAGCAAAAGCUUUAAGUUUCUGAGAAUUAAUUUGCCAGCUGGAGGUCAUCCAACUGCAGUUGCAGUUGCUGAUGAAGCUUCCUCAGUUGCAGUGGCAUGCCAUGGUCUUUUUGGUUCUUCCCUGUACAUGUAUGGUGAAGGGAAACCUAAAGCAGAUGCUGAUUCCAAACAGGCCAAGCUUCCUCUUCCAGAAAUCAAAUGGGAACAGCAUAAAGUUCAUGACAAGAGAGCAGUCCUGACUCUAGUUGGUACCAAGGCUACAUAUGGUAGUGCUGAUGGGAGCACAAUCAUUGUUUCAUGUUCUGAAGGUACUGAUAUUGUCCUUUUUCAUGGAAAAAGUGGCAAGAUUGUUGGGAACGUCGAUACGAAUCAACUCAAGAAUAACAUGGCUACUAUAUCUCCCAAUGGGCGUUUUAUAGCUGCUGCAGCUUUUACUGCUGAUGUCAAGGUUUGGGAGAUUGUGUACUCGAAGGAUGGUGCUGUAAAGGAGGUUUCAAGGAUUAUGGAGCUCAAGGGGCAUAAGAGUGCAGUGACGUGGCUAUGCUUUAGCCCGAAUUCUGAACAAAUAGUCACUGCAUCGAAGGAUGGUACCAUCAGAGUGUGGAAUAUUAAUGUGCGCUAUCAUCUUUCUGAGGACCCUAAGACAUUAAAGGUGUUCCCUAUUCCCCUUAAGGAUGCAAAUGGCACAACUUUACACUAUGAUCGUUUAUGUCUGUCACCUGAUGGGAAGAUAUUGGCCACCACUCAUGGUUCAAUGAUGCAAUGGCUAUGUGCGGAGACUGGGAAGGUUUUGGACACAGCUGAAAAAGCACAUGAUGGUGAUAUCACUGACAUGGCAUGGUCGCCUUCUCCGAUUCCAAUCGGUGACAAGCAAGCUGUGGUGUUGGCCACAGCCAGUGUCGAUAAGAAAGUGAAGUUGUGGGCAGCUCCAUCCCUGAAUGCAUCAUGAAUAAGCUAUGGAGCCUUGCCCCGUCCGUCAAUGACAAGCUAUUGAUGUCUCACCCAGUUUCUGAACUAAUAGAUCACAUACUAUAUAUAGGGUUCAAGUCCGAAGAGCAGAAUACAGACUAAGUUAGAGGAUGAGUUCUGACAUCUUUUGAGGGUUUUUGUUAUGCAAAGUGAGAUUUAACCAGAAUGUAGUAAGCUAGACAAAUUUUGAUGUUUUAUACAUGGGUUAGUGGUUCUCUCUCAAGCCCUGAGAAGUGAUGAGGUGUUGCUUAUUUUUAGAGCUGAGAAUUGGAAAAGGUGGUUUUUUUUGUUUCAGGUUAAAAGAGCAAUAUAUAUUUUGAAGUGUUUGUUGUCAACUUAUUAGAAAAAACAGGAGGUUCUCUUUUCUGUUCAGUCAAAAGUUAAUAACAAAGGAAUAGGGAGUUCUAUUUUCCUUGC